AUGCAGCACCUAGCCUGGAAGCGUGUCAAAGUUUCAGCCCCGUUUACAUAUGAAUUCUACUUCUACUUGCUCAGCUGCAUUCAAAUCCGACGCCAAGAGAAGCGACUUAUAGGCUGCCCACCGCCCUGUUCUGCCAAGCCGGUUUGCUCGCCAACUACUGAGAUCAAAACAGGUGACAAUGGGGUUAAUGCUGUUGCCCAUAACAUUACAAGUGUGGACUCACCCAACAAGAUUACCCUGUUGUCGACUCAUGUCUUCCCUAGUUCGGCAUAUGACUUGCUCACGCGGCUGCUUGAGCCAGAUCCGGGUCUACGGAUAUCAGCCAUAGAAGCUUUACGUCAUCCAUUCCUUCGCGGUUACGCCAGUAGCUGUCGUUUGAAUGACGGAGGUGACAACAGUAAAAGAAUGUGCGACGGGUUCUCAGGUAGGAUUGGAGAAAUUCAGGCAGCUACCUGCUCAUCCCUUGCAAGCCCUGCUGCGCUUGGGACUCAAGAGCUGAUCAGGAACAGGCUCUCUCCGCGCCGUCGGUUGCCACCAAGUCAAGGCGAUGGUGCGCAUGCAGACCGUCAGCGGACUUGCACUUUCUACCCUAGGCCAGGCCUAGACUAA